GCCAUGAUGGGAGCCUGAGAGUUCAGCUGGAGCGAAAGGAGCAAGAAAAGAAGAUGAUUCCUCGGGACGGAACUGUCAAACCAAUCCGUGCAGAUCUCUGAGCUUUUUGUAUAGUUUAAAUACAUUCACGGUGGAGCCUGUCACUUUUCUUCAGAUGUGUUCUUGGCAAUCAGUCGACGACGAUGCUGAAUCGUUAGGAGGCUCUUGGAUCGAAAGAGGAGGCAGCGUUAGCUAUUGUCGCUAGCUAGCUGGCUGCUGCUAGCUUAGCUCGUCAGCUAGCGAGCUAGCUGCGUCCGAGUGACUGGAGACAGGUUUACCGGUGAGUCCUCUAUAGUCUCGCUGUCUGAAGAAUCAUCGGCCUGGACCGUGUCUUGCAUCUUAAAGGACAACUGCAUGUAUUUUAUUCGGGAGCGUUUGCUAGACGAGUUGCGGGAUUGGCAAAGUCGGGCCUGCACGGAGGAGCGGAGCGAGGCCCGUCUUUAUGCUCCAGAGGAAGCCUUUCUAAUCCCACCGACGGACACCAAGAGCUCUGCUGGCUCGCACGUCUCCCGCGAGGACCUGACCCACUGACCGCAACACACACGACCAGACGGGUAACACUAGAAUAACCUGUUUUCAUCAUUUACCCCUGAAAGACUCCUGCUACAAUGGCUGCGAUUAUAAAAGAAAUGGUCAGCCGGAACAAAAGGAGAUAUCAAGAGGAUGGGUUCGACCUGGACUUAACAUAUAUCUACCCAAACAUCAUUGCUAUGGGCUUUCCAGCAGAGCGACUCGAAGGCGUGUACAGAAACAAUAUAGACGACGUAGUGCGGUUUUUGGAUUCAAAGCAUAAAAACCAUUACAAAAUCUACAACCUCUGCGCGGAAAGACACUACGAUACUGCCAAAUUUAACUGCAGAGUUGCACAGUACCCCUUCGAAGACCACAACCCUCCCCAGCUGGAGCUAAUUAAGCCGUUUUGCGAAGACCUGGACCAGUGGCUCAGCGAGGACGACAAUCACGUGGCGGCCAUCCACUGCAAGGCCGGGAAGGGCCGCACCGGAGUCAUGAUCUGCGCCUAUCUCCUCCACCGCGGCAAGUUCCAGAAGGCCCAAGAAGCGCUCGACUUCUACGGAGAAGUCAGGACAAGGGACAAGAAGGGAGUAACGAUUCCGAGCCAGCGCCGCUAUGUCUACUACUACAGCCACCUACUGAAGCACCAGCUGGACUACAAGCCGGUGGCGCUCCUCUUCCACAAAAUGGUGUUCGAGACUCUCCCCAUGUUCAGCGGGGGCACCUGCAGGGACAGUACCUUUAAAAACAGGAGCGAGCCGACCCCUCAGGGCUUCAGGAAAGGGAAUUGGCAUUGGGAUCCCCAGUUCGUGGUGUACCAGCUGAAGGUGAAGAUUCACACGUCGAACCCGGCGCACACGCGCCGCGAGGACAAGCACAUGUUUUUCGAAUUCCCCCAGCCACUGCCAGUUUGCGGAGACAUCAAAGUGGAGUUCUUCCAUAAACAGAAUAAGAUGAUGAAGAAGGAUAAAAUGUUUCACUUCUGGGUGAACACCUUCUUCAUCCCUGGACCAGAGGAAAGCGGGGACAAGAUGGAGAACGGGGCGGUGAACAACGCAGACAGCCAGCCGGGGGUACCGGCACCGGGCCAGCCGCAGAGCGCCGACUGCAGGGACGGCAGCAGGGAAAGCGACCGGGACUACCUCAUCCUGACGCUCACGAAGAACGACUUGGACAAGGCCAACAAAGACAAAGCUAACCGCUACUUCUCGCCAAACUUCAAGGUGAAUUUGUAUUUUACGAAAACCGUGGAGGAUUCGAAUUCUGAGGCAAGCACUUCGACAUCCGUCACCCCGGACGUUAGCGACAAUGAGCCAGACCAUUAUCGAUACUCUGACACCACUGACUCUGAUCCGGAAAAUGAACCUUUUGAUGAAGAGCAGCACACGCAAAUCACAAAAGUGUGAACUCUUUUUAAAACAGGAAAAGAAGAAAUUAUACACCAGAAAAAAAAGGAAAAAACUUGAAUAUAAACUCAAAAGAAGAACCUUUGUCCCUUCCCUCCCCCAGACGGCAAUAGAAUAUCAUCAUGUCAAAUGCCAACUUUAGGGAAAAAAAGAUAAAUAUCCUGACCAAUAUAUUGUUUUUUUUAUUUUUCUUUUUUUUCUUUGGCGCGGCCAUGUACCAUGUGCAAGGUAUUGACACUGUUGCCCCAUGGGAAAAGGUGCUGUAGCUAUGAACAUGUGUUUCUAUAUAUCUAUAUACAUACGUCUAUGUAUAUACAUAUAUACAUGCAUAUAUAAAAACUUUUUUGUGUCAAAGACAAUGGAAACCACAAUCAGGAGACGGGAGUUGAAGUGUGGGAGAAGAAUGAUAUACUAGGACUAUGCUGCUCCUUCUCCUGUCUAAAUAAACCAAGGCCAGUGCUGCAGUCACUUUGUUUCACUCCCUCUCUUCUCCCCCCUCCUCCUCUCAUCUUUUACUCUCCCUCCCCUCCAUCUUAUCCUCCUUCCUAUCCCCCUUUACUGUGAAUGCUUCUUGUGCUCUUUGCAGGCUGUCUCACGUGACUUUUGGUCUUUGUGCAGUGCAAACUGCAUGCGGGCAGUGGGUUUGGAGUGGGCGGGGUUAUGAAGAGGCUGUGAUGAUGUCUAAAGCAUUGCCAUUCCUGUCCCCACUGUGUAUACGUUUAAAUUAUGCAGAACAAGGCAUCCCAUGUAAUUGUUAAUGUUUUUUUUUAUCCUAAGAUAAUAAAAAUAUAAUACACAAAACAGCAGGGAGACAAGUGUUUGCAAUAAUGUCGACACUACGUUUAAAGGACAAUGGUGAUUUGCAUGUAUUUGGAAUUGGCGUCCAUCCCUAAUAAAUGUAUGCAAUGUUGUCUUUUCUUAAAGAAACCAGCCUUGAGAUGUGUCUUCUGCGUGGGGUUCCCUGGUG